AUGGCGAUCGAGAUGAACACUCAGCACAGACUCUCUGUGUGUUUCGUCCUCAUCACAUUUGGAACGUAUAUCUCCGCAAGAGCCAAAAUUUGCUACAUUCACCAAUCUGCUUUGAAUGGAGGCGUUGCCAAAUGGGUGACGCCCCUUGAUCCAUGCAGUUGUACAGAGACACGCCCAGGGGGCGUCAACAUAUAUAUGGAAGAUCAGGAAACACCCGACGGCUACUUGGAUCAGGUGAUAUUUACACAGGAUACGGACAAACUGAAGGCGUGGUUUGGCUGUGACGGUGUGGAAGAACCAACACCCAUCGAGAUUCCCGGUGAAAUUACCGAUUGCCAAGAUGUCCUCCAACAUGGGUCAUUGGAGAGUGGUUUAUACAUCAUCUAUCCGGGUGGAAACCAACCUAGUUUGACAGUGUACUGUGAUAUGGAUACAGAUGGUGGAGGCUGGAUCGUGUUUCAGCGAAGGGUGAAUGGGUCUGUGGACUUUUAUCGUGACUGGCAGACUUACAGAAACGGUUUUGGAAACUUGUCUGGGGACUUUUGGCUGGGCAACGAGAACUUGAGACGUCUAACGGGGACUGGCAGCUGGGAGUUACGCGUGGACCUACUGGCUUGGGACGGCAGUCAGGCAUAUACAAAGUACAGAGCAUUCCGUGUGGUUGGGAACAUGUUCCAAUUGGAAGUGGCUGGAAAAGAGCCAGGCGGUGGAGGAGGAGACUCCUUGUCUCAUCACAAUGGAAGCAAAUUCUCCACACUGGACCAAGACAACGAUGGCUACAGUGGGUCCUGCGCGCUAGACUACCAAGGAGGUUGGUGGUAUCAUUCCGCCUGCAUCUUGAGUCAUCUGAACGGUCCUUACCAGGACUAUGAGCAGGCAAUGACGGGGGACAGCAGAGGCAUCGUCUGGUUCACAUUCCAACGAAAUUAUAAUUCAAUGAAGGAAACACAAAUGAAAAUCCGAAAAACGUUGUAAAAUGUUAACAGUUAACUACUUUGUAAAAAAAAGACAUUUAUAAUUGGAAAUUUAACCAUAAAUAAGGGUGCGCGUACACGGGUGCGCGUAAAAGGUCCUUGCGGCCUAUAAUUGGGAUUGUAGAAAUGGUUAAGCAUUUGUGACUUGUGGCUUCAAACUCGGACGAUUUUGUUUGAAAAAAAAAAA